CGCGAAGGGGGUGGGAGCGAAGCUUGGGUUUGGUUGGAGCUGCUGGAAAAAGGGUGAGGUGGAUAUAUCAAAGAGAUUGGGGGUCGAGGGGAGAAGCUAUAAGAGGCCAUCUGGCCCUUGCUGGAGGCGGCGGCGGCGGCGGCGACGGCGGCAGGAGGAGCAGGAGCAGGAGCAGCGCAAGUGUUCUUUUCAUGUUGGUUUGUAGCAGAAGUCAUGCCUAGCUUCGCCUUGUUUCCCGUGCUUGGUGUUGCGGCUGUUGCCUCGUUUCAAUGAAUGCAGCGGGACUCUGUCUCAAAUAAGACUUUAAUCCUGACUUGGGAAAAACCUUCACUUAACCCAGUGGGAUCUACUUUCAGCCCAAGCAUAAGGAUGCCUUAGAAAAAUACCAUGGACAAAUAUAUUAAGGUACAAAAGAUUGGUGAAGGCUCUUUUGGAAAAGCAAUUCUAGUUAAAGCAAAGGAAAAUGGCAAACAAUAUGUUAUCAAGGAGAUCAAUAUAUCCAAGAUGUCAAAUAAAGAGAGAGAAGAAUCAAGGAGAGAAGUUGCAGUAUUAGCAAACAUGAAACAUCCAAAUAUUGUGCUGUACAGAGAAUCGUUUGAAGAAGGUGGCUGUCUUUACAUAGUGAUGGAUUAUUGUGAAGGAGGAGACCUUUUUAAAAAAAUUAAUGCACAGAAAGGUGUCUUGUUUUCAGAAGACCAGAUCAUGGAUUGGUUUGUACAGAUUUGUUUAGCACUGAAGCAUGUACAUGACAGAAAAAUUUUGCAUCGAGACAUAAAGUCACAGAAUAUAUUUUUAACCAAAGAUGGAACGAUACAGUUGGGAGACUUUGGAAUAGCUAGAGUUCUUAACAGUACAGUGGAGCUUGCUCGAACUUGUAUAGGAACGCCAUAUUACUUGUCACCAGAAAUCUGUGAGAACAAGCCUUACAAUAAUAAAAGUGACAUAUGGGCUCUUGGUUGUGUUCUCUAUGAAAUGUGUACCCUGAAACAUGCAUUUGAAGCUGGCAAUAUGAAAAAUCUGGUACUCAAGAUAAUUUCCGGAUCAUUUCCUCCUGUUUCAGUGCAUUAUUCCCAUGAGCUCCGGAGUCUGAUUUCACAGUUAUUUAAAAGAAAUCCUAGGGAUAGACCAUCAGUUAACUCCAUAUUGGAGAAAGUUUUUAUAGCUAAACGCAUUGAAAAAUUUCUAACACCGCAGCUUAUUGCAGAAGAAUUUAGACAUAAAGUAUUUCAAAAGUUUGGACCUCAUGCUGCACCAGCAAAGAGACCAGCCCAAGGACAAAACUUGGCCUCUGCUGCACCUGCUCAGAAAAUUACUAAACCUGCUGCUAAAUAUGGAGUGCCUUUAAUGCUUAAGAAGUCUGGGGAUACAGCUAAAAAGUCCUGUGAGAAGCCUUUAGUUAAAUGUCGACAGGCCCCUCCAUCUCCAGUGAAGAAAGGGAAACCAGUAGAAGAAAGGAGGAAAAUGUUUGAGGAAGCUGCCAAAAAGAAAAGACACGACAUUUUUGAGAAAGAAAAACGACAGCGCGAGCAGAUCAGUUUCAUGAAAGCUGAGCAGAUGAGAAGACUUGAGAAGGAAAGGAUGGAACGAAUAAACAGAGCCAGGGAGCAAGGAUGGAGGAAUGUGCUCGGUGCAUGUGGAAGUGGUGAAGUCAAGGCUCAAUUUUUUGGUGGCGGAGGAGCUAUUGUGCCUUUACCCGUGCCUGGUCGAGGACAAUAUGAACACUAUCACGCUAUUUUUGAUAAGAUGCAGCAACAAAAGGAAAAUAUUAAAGUAACGGAUGGAAAAGAUGCUGAAUUGAGAGAGAAGCAUGGUCAAGAACCUAUUGAAAGAGGGCUUCCACCUGGAAUUGAUGCAGGAGUUCCUAAUGGACCUGCAGUUCAUCAUCAUUCACCUGAUGCUGAUGCAGUUAGGAAAAGAAUGAAAAGACUGGAGGAGGUGUCUAGACAAGCCAAUGCAAACAGGCAAAAAGGAUGGGCAGCUGCAGAAAGAGCUAAACAAGUUGAGGAAUUCUGGCAACGGAAGCGUGAAGCCAUGCAAAACAAAGCUCGUGCUGAAGGACACAUGGGCACACAGCAAAACCUGACAGCUAUCUAUGGAGGCAGGCCCAUUUCUUCAAGAGGAAGGAAAGCCAGAAACAAGGAGGAAGAGGAAUACUUGGCAAGACUAAGACAAAUUAGACUUCAAAACUUCAAUGAACGCCAGCAAAUUAAAGCUAAACUUCGUGGAGAAAAGAAUGAAGUUUGUGGUUCUCCAGUACAUGAAAUAGAUGAAGAAGCCGAGCUAAGGCGUAAAAAAAUUGAAGCGCUAAAGGCACAAGCUAAUGCCCGGGCUGCAGUCCUGAAAGAACAGCUCGAACGAAAGAGAAAAGAAGCGUAUGAAAGAGAGAGGAGAGCUUGGGAAGAACAUCUGGUAGCCAAAGGGAUAAAGGAUUCUAUGGGUGCUGCAGAAUUAAGUCCUAUGCAUGGCAAGCAAGAAGGUGGUGGUUCUCCUACUAGGCUGUUGAAGCCCAAUUCACCACAAAUCAUUUCCAUGACAUCUGCUUUGAAGGAAGUGGGUGCGGAUGAAAAUGCAUCAAUCAUCCAGGAAUCCGCUGUAGAAGAAAAACCUGAUGUUGCUGUUCAGAACAAGCGAGAAAUACUCCGAAGACUGAAUCAAAACCUUAAAGCACAGGAAGAUGUGAAAGAGGAAAAUGAGCCUAAAGGCAUCUAUGAGGUAGCUCUGGCUGAUGAGAAUAAGCAGCAUCAAGAAGAAAAAAAUCCUCUUUUAGCUGAUCGUAAGAAAUGGGAGGCAGGGUCACAACUUGUGGUUCCACUAGCACAAUUAACAAUGGAAGGGUCUUUUUCUGGAACCGAAGCACAGACAUUAGGAGAGGUUAUUAAGCUAGAUGUUGCUGAACCCCAACGCAAAGUCUGGGGCAAAAGCCCCACUGAUUCAGUGUUGAAGAUACUUGGAGAGGCUGAAUUACAACUUCAGACUGAUCUGCUAGAGGACUUAAGUAUUACUAACGCAGAAUCUCCAAAAGAAGCUUUAACUGUAAGAGACAAUAGUGAAAGGAGAGCAGCAGCUCCUGUUGCAGAAGAAUCAUCAGCUGAAGUUAAAAAUACUGAAAAGAUGCCAACAGAAGGGUCUCAUGCAUCUGAAUUCAACCUGUUGCCAGCCAAGCCUGAUUUAAUAGGGGAGCCUGAUGACUUGGAAUCAGAAUUGUUAGAAGAAAUCAAAGAAAAUAAAUGCAAAGCAAAUUUAUUCCCUGUCAUUGCUGAUGUGUGGAUUAAAGAAAGAGAAGAAGUGAAGGAAAUAGUGUCACAAGAUCCUACUGAUAGUAACCAGUAUGACAACAAUGAAGAUCCUGCUUCAGAAGACGGAAUGUUAAAAAAAAUGGCACUCCACGAUGAAGCAUCAGUAGAGACCAAUGAUUCGACGCAACCUGAACCCUUUUUCCAGAAGUUGGCACUGCAUCAAGUAAGAUUACCAGCUUUUCCAGUUCUAUCAGCACAAUCUUCCCUUGAAGAUUCUCUUCCAACAAGGUCACGCUCUGUAUCGCCAGAAAAAACAAAAGGCAAAAAUUCAUUGUUGAUAGGACUUUCUACUGGUCUCUUUGAUGCAAACAAUCCAAAGCUGCUGAGAACCUGUUCACUCCCAGACCUUUCCAAGCUAUAUAAAACACUAGUUGAUGUUCCCAGUGUUGCUGAUGUACAGGAUCAACAGAAUCUUGAUAUAGAUGAUAUGGAAGAUGAGCCUGUCAAAGGAGGACAUUCUGACUCUGAAGACAUUACGUUCGGGGAGGCAGAUUCAGAUUUGCAGGAGCUUCAGGCUUCAAUGGAGCAGUUACUUAGAGAGCAGCCCAGCGAUGAAUUCAGUGAAGAGGAAGAAGGAACUUUAAAAGCUGAAUGCCUAGAAAACGGCACAGCAGUGGAUGAAGAUGACAACAAUCCCAGUAGUGAAAGUGCCCUUAACGAAGAAUGGCAUUCAGAUAACAGUGAUGGAGAUAAUGUCAGUGAAUGUGAAGAAUAUGAUAGUGUGUUCAGUCACUUGGAAGAGCUGAGAUGUAACCUGGAGCAAGAAAUAGGCUUUGAAAAAUUCAUUGAAGUUUAUGACAAAAUAAAGGCUAUACAUGAAGAUGAAGAUGAGAACAUUGAUAUUUGCUCAACAAUAGUUCAUAAUAUUUUAGGAAAUGAACACAAAUAUCUGUAUGCCAAAAUUCUUCAUUUAGUAAUGGCAGAUGGAGCUUAUCAGGAAGACAAUGAUGAGUAACAUGCUUUGGUGACAUUCUGAGCCACAUGUAGGUGUACGGAUUUUGUUAAGUAGAAUAACAAGGCACACUUUUAAUCUUAUUGAUUGCGUGGAAGAGAUGGAAAAACAUGACACUUCUCGCUGAAAGGCUGUUUAUAGAUUUCUCCUGACAUAUAGUUUCAUUCCUUCAACAGAUAACUGAAAAGGCUACAUUUCAUUUAAAAUGAGUAGCAAAGAAUAGAAAGACUGACUCAGAAAUGAUUUAGAGAUUAUCAUGUAUGAAUAAGCCCAUAUCAUAUUAGGCAAUGCUGUUUGUUUAAAUCUAAGCUGUUAAGAAGAGCAGCUCAAAUUACAAAGACCUUUUUUAAGUUCAGGUUCACUUUUUUAUUUAAAAAAAUCCCAAUUGGUACUGCUAGCAUUUUUGGACAACUGACUUUGCUUUCUGUUCGAGAGAGUCUAUAAUUUCUCAAUCAUCUCGUUGGUCUUAAACACAUAUUAUAUGGAAGUGAGUCUAACUGAAAAUGAUUGAGCAUUUCCAUAUGAAGUGAUUUAGGAUCAGCGUAUUUUGAGUAUUUCACCUUAAUGUGUUUGUGUGUGUAUAUAUAUAGAUAGAUAGAUAGAUAAUGAAUAAUCUUUAGAAAUAAUCAGUAUUUUUGUCAGGGUCAAUUUACCAAUUUUUCCUCCAAAUCAAAGCAAAUAGUGUAUCAUCAUUUUAUUUUGUUUCUAUCAAGUGGGUUAAGGAAAGAGUUGGGAGUUGGAGAGAGAGUCUGCAGUUUUCUCCUAUACAUAACAGAAGCUUCAAUAUGAAGAGUGUUUGUUUCUGUAGUACUGUGUACUGUCUGCUGCUCAUUUUUGGUUGGUAAUUAGGACCAUCCUAGCAGUGACUGAGAUGAAAGUUACUACAAAUGUUGUGCUGCUGGUGUUUUGUAAAUAAGCUAUGUAUCUUGCAUCCAGAUCUUCCAGAGGAAACUAGUUAAAUUUUAUUUGCUCUGUGUGUACUCUCUUUCUCUCACUCAGAGAGGAAGGGGCACUUUAUGGGAAAGAAAACAAAUUCCUAUGAGAUGACUUAAAAUAUUUCUAGUGUGCAGCAGGUAAUAUCAGCAAGCUAGCUGAAUCAGCUGUAAUGCUUAAGAUCCAAUUUUUCUGUUGAAAAAGUAACACUAUGUUCCCUGGCUAAAAUGCCAAGGAGAAAAGUAUAUAUGUAAACACACAGUGACUCUAGCACAAUAUUUAAAAGUUGUAUUAUUUCUAACCACAAUAAAUAAAUGCUUGACCUUUUUGUAUGAUAAUUUAGAUUUAUCUUUUGAUUUAUGUAACUAAUUUCUUUCUUGAUGAAGGAAACAAAAUAAAAAUACUGUUUAUAUUU